AUGUGGAACAGACAUUUUGUCUUGCAUCUCCUGCUUUUGCCAGCUUUUAUGAGUCAAGCAAUAUAUGGUCAAAGAAAGAAAGGAUCAAAGUCCAAUUUACUUGCAAGGAAAAGUCUCCAGGACCUCACUUGCUUCAUAGAUCUUGUCUUCAUCGUGGACAGCUCUGAAAUUUCUAAAAUUUUUCUCUUUGACAAACAGAAAGAUUUUGUAGAUAGCUUGAGUGCCAAGAUUUUUCAAUUGACCCCGGCUGGCUCCUUGAAAUAUGACAUCAAACUGGCAGCCCUUCAGUUUAGCAGCUCUGUCCAAAUUUAUCCACCUUUUUCUUCUUGGAAGGAUCUACAGACUUUUAAACAGAGGGUCAAGUCUAUGAAUUUCAUUGGGCAAGGUACUUUCUCUUAUUAUGCCAUCGCCAAUGUCACAAGGCUACUUAAGAGAGAAGGGUGCAAAGAUGGUGUGAAAGUGGCUUUGCUGAUGACUGAUAGCAUCGACCAUCCAAAGAAUCCAGAUGUUCAAAGUAUUUCUGAAGAUGCCAGAACUUCAGGAAUAUUAUUUAUCACCAUUGGACUCUCUACUCUAGUCAAUGAAACCAAACUUCGUUUGGUAUCUGGGGAUCCACCCAGUGAACCCAUUCUACUGUUGAAUGAUUCAACCCUUGUAGAUAAAAUUCAGGAUCACCUGGAUAUCUUAUUUGAAAAGAAGUGUGAAUGCAAGAUUUGUGAAUGUGAGAAGGGGGAUCCAGGCGACCCAGGGCCUCCUGGUACACAUGGAAACCCCGGUAUCAAAGGUGAGUGAGGACCUAAAGGAAACCCGGGUGAUGCUCCAAAAGGGGAACCGGGAGAAAGAGGCCCAGGGGGAAUCCCUGGGUACAAGAGUGAGAAGGGUGAACGUGGAGAAUGCGGUAAACCAGGAAUAAAAGGUAACAAAGGAUCCCCAGUGCCAAAUGGACCAAAGGGACCCGGAGGACUUCAGGGCAUUACUGGACCUCCAGGGGAUCCAGGCCCGAAGGGGUUUCAAGGCAAUAAGGGUGAACCUGGUCCCCCUGGUCCUCCAGGAGCCCCUGGUAUUGGACAGCCAGGUAUUAAGGGGGAAAGAGGCCAGGAAGGAAGAACUGGGCCUCCAGGACCGAUUGGUGUUGGUGAGCUGGGCCAGACAGGUCCCCGUGGGCCUGAGGGAGCACCAGGAGAGAGGGGCUUACCAGGAGAAGGACCUCCAGGACCAAAGGGUGAAAAAGGUUCUGAAGCACCAGUUGGCCCACAAGGAUUAGAAGGCCCAUCAAUUGAAGGGGACAAGGGGGAUAUGGGACCUAUGGGACCCCAAGGACCAGUGGGCAUCCCCGGAAUUGGGAGUCAAGGGGAACAGGGAAUCCAAGGUCCUAUUGGUCCACCUGGUCCACAAGGGCCCCCAGGACAAGGCUCACCUGGUCCCAAGGGAGAAGUAGGCCAGAUAGGACCUAGAGAUCCUAGAGGACCAGUGGGACUUGGAGUGCACGGUCCAAAGGGCAAUGUAGGGAGUCUCGGGCUCCCAGGGCAGCCAGGAGUACCGGGAGAAAAAGGAGCUACAGGGAAGAAAGGAGAAGCGGGGCUUCCAGAAGCAAGAGACCCUGAAGGAUCACCUGGAAAAGGACAACCUGGCCUCAAGGGUGAUGGAGGAAAGAAAGGGAGCAAAGGAAAUCAAGGACAGAGGGGAUUUCCAGGGCCCGAAGGACCGAAGGGUGAUCCAGGGAUUAUGAGCCCUUUUGGGAUGCCUGGAACAUCAAUUCCUGGACCACCCGGGCCAAAGGGAGAUAGAGGAGGACCUGGGUUUCCUGGAUUUAAAGGAGAACCUGGAAUUGCUAUUCGAGCACCAAAGGGUGCCCAAGGCGCUCGGGGACCAGUGGGCGCUCCAGGACUCAAAGGUGACAGCUAUCCUGGUGUGGCUGGUCCUCGAGGAUUACCAGGACCCCCUGGACCAAGGGUUUUACAUAGAGCGGGAGACACUGAAGCAAAGGGAGAGCCUGGUGUCAGAGGCCCUCCAGGCCCCCCUGGGCCUCGGGGCAUAGAAACCCAAGGGCCAAAGGGUGAUACUGGGCAGAAAGGCUUGCCUGGCCCUCCUGGCCCCACCGGCUAUGGAUUACAAGGAAUCAAAGGGGAGCAAGGACCUCAAGACUUCCCAGGGCCAAAGGGCAUGACAGGCCAUGGCCUGCCUGGCAGGAAGGGAGAACGUGGAGAACGGGGCGAUGUGGGAAAGAAAGGGGAUAAAGGGGAAAUUGGAGAUCCCGGACCCCAAGGAAAACAGGGGUUACAGGGUCCAAGAGGAGACCGAGGACUGACAAAAGAAGAAAUCAUCAAGCUUAUUUUUGAAAUAUGUGGUUGUGGGCGUAAAUGCAGAGAGGCACCGCUAGAGCUGCUGUUUGUGAUUGACAGCUCAGAAAGUGUGGGACCGGAGAACUUCCCGAUUAAAAACUUUGUGAAGACUCUGACUGACAGAGUUGCACUGGACCUUGCCACGGCCCACGUAGGCAUAAUCAACUAUGGCCAUAAGGUAGAGGAGGUGGAUCAUUUGACGCAGUUCUCCAGCAAGGACGACCUCAAGCGGGCCGUGGACAACAUGCAGUAUCUGGGAGAAGGCACCUACACAGCCACAGCUCUCCAUGCCGCCAACCGCAUGUUCGAAGCCGCAAGGCUGGGUGUGAAGAAGGUGGCCUUGGUCAUCACUGAUGAGCAGACAGAUAGGCGAGAUGAAAAGAAUCUGACAGAGGUGGUGAAGGAUGCCAGUGACAUCGAUGUGGAAAUAUUUGUGAUUGGGGUGGUGAAGAGAAAUGACCCCAACUUCAAGAUGUUCCACAAAGAAAUGAAUCUAAUUGCUACCGACCCAGACAGUGAGCACGUUAAUCUAUUUGAUGACUUUGUUACCCUUCAAGAUACCCUGAGGCAAAAAUUGUUUAAAAAAAGUUGUGAGGAUUUUGAAUCCUACCUUCAUAUUUUGGGUUCACCACUGUUUCAACCUGGAUUUGGGAUAUCGGGGGAAGAACUCACUGAAUCCGCUCCAGAACCCCGGAAAGAAAUUUCUGAGUCUGUCAGUGUCUCUGGAGCCCAGGACAAAGAGAAGGAGCCAUCAGAGCCCACCUGGGCUGCCAGCCUUGCUGCCACUCCAUCAUCUGAGGCUGCCACCACCCAGGGGCCAUUGCUCAGGUCCCCUGAGGAUCAGGCAGAGGACCCAAGGAUAUUUGGAACUCUACAGCCAGGAAACUGUACCGAAUAUGUGGUUCGAUGGUAUUAUGACAAACAGGUCAACUCCUGUGCUCGCUUUUGGUUCAGUGGCUGUAAAGGCUCAUGAAAUAGAUUCAACAGUGAAAAGGAAUGUGAAGAAAUCUGCAUUCAAGGGUGA